CAGACGUAGUGGAAGUUCUCUCGAGAUGAAGAUAAGACUCGGUUAUUAAACUUGGUCUUCUAGUACCCAUCUAGGAAUGAUUAUGGACCUCACAUCCUCAUAUGUAGCCCUCUGCCCCGCGAAGCUGACAAUAUUGCUGCGUCGGUGAAAAAAGAAGUCUGUAAUAUGCGGGCGUGAGCAUGUUGAAGUUGAACUUGUACUUGAGCGUUAAAACUUUGCUGUGUCGCUCGUGUUAAGAAUGUGAACAUUGCAUCGUUUUUCAGAUUUUUUGAGAAAUUUUAGACAACAUUAUUGAGAUUGACGCAGGUCGUGUUUCUGCUUUUAUUUCCUCUUGCAUGGUUAUUUCUACCUCGCAUGAUGCCGUGUUCCUUCGGUACGUCUUCGACAAGAAAGAGAAGUAUGACCACACCAUCCUCGGCUCUAGUUCCACUGCCUGCAGCAUCGACGACGACGAGCUGGAAAGUUUGACAACUGGGCUCUCCUCGAGAUCAUCUCAACCUCGUUCUCCGCCGCGGCGAGUGGAAAUACUAACCCACGGCGGUGCUGCUGGAGCGUCGACAAAGUUGAACAACUCAAAAACAUACGAGAACAGUUCUGCUGGAGGUGACAGAGCAGCAGGGUCCUCUCACUGUCAUCCUCUACUAUUCGGUUUCCGCCACGACCCUUGGAAAAAAGUGACUUUCUUCUGCAGAGCCACGUGGAUAAAAACUGGUUGUGAUUUCAUCACUCGUCAGUGUCAGGGCAGUCAGGUGGACCGCGACGCGAGGGCUUUCUUCUGCUGUUCGGAACGUGUGGAGUUCUUCGGGGUCCUUGCGGGACGGAAGAUCAUGGUUCUCGGACACGAGCUGUACUCGCCCGUGCUCCAGGAUGAUUUCGAGCUGAAGAACAACGGUGGACCGUAGUAUCCUGGGGAAAUGCAACGUGGCACCGGCGGCCGUAUAAGUGUCAUGCAGAUCUCGUCCAUGAUGUUGAUGGGCAGGACGUCUGUCUCUGUCGUUCGCAAUUCCAACAUGAGGCGGGGCAUUUUCUAAAUUAUAGUGUUUUGGAAUAAGUCAUGCACAUGCCCUCGUCGGGACAAUAAAGCGGCCAAUUUGUUGUGCUGCGGCUUCUAUAGCUGCCCAGCACAAGCACUACCGCACUACGUGUUCAAAUUUCCUCUCAUGGGGACUUCGACGUAAAGCUUUUGGAUAAAAGUUUUUCGAUAGCAGAUUAUCUUCGACAUAAUUUCGGCUGUGUUUAUAUGUGCCGCACGUUUUUCCUGAGGAUUUUAACCACACGAAGUUCGCGAUGUUGCAGGUCACGGUGCGGCUGCCCGAGUACAGCGUGGUGAACUGGAUCGCGGUCGCGUACGGUUUUCUACCAUUCCUCCUCUCCUUUUUGCUGCCGGCCUUCUACCUGGUGACGCAGCGGUUCGUGUACCUCUACGGAAUCGCGAUUGGGCUAGCCUGCAUGGCGAUCUCGGAAAUCUGCCUGAAGCCCUUAUUCAAGGACCCACGGCCGCCGGAAUCCGCGAACCGGCACCCGGACGGGAGCAUGAAAUACGGCAUGCCUUUAUCCCAUGGGAAUAUACCACUUUAAUAGAUACGUUUUCAAAACGUCGUCCUUGAUGUUUCCGCAGCCAUAAUUGCUUAUCGUGUCAUCUUCCAGGAGGUUGUGUCCUUUUCAGUCAUCUGAGAUGAUGUCUCAACCAAUAUUUUGUUUGGUUUUAAACAGAAUAAAACAAAAAUCACGAACCGAAUUUCAAAGACCAUAAGGGGACAUGCUUUUACUCGUGGAACGGUUUUUCCUUCAGCUCCAAACAUGCAUGACAAAAGCACAAACGUAUAUAAAUUGCGUGUAGUUGCACCAUCAUGGUGCGGUUUAUUAGCAUGACAAGUAUGGCUAGCCGAACUCGGAGAUGGACGGACGUUUUCACGCAGGACAGCCGUCCGGCCACGCGCUUGCCACCGUCGCGCAAAUGACGUGGGUGUGUUUGGAAGUCGUGUGCCGGGAUUUGGUAUGCAGGGAAAAUAAUUUUGAAACUGUCGGUUAGAAGGGUACUACCAAGUACAAUAAUUUCAUCUUGGACCGAUGGCCGCAUGACGAAAAGGAAAAUUUGGCAGGCAUACGAGCAUAAGCAACGAGAUCAACAAGGGCAGCUCCAGCGUGACAUCAAGACUGAGCUGGUUCGCAUCUUCUUUUCUUUGCGUCACAGAUUUUUACUCUUUUUUCCUCGCAUAUUUGGUUCUUGGCAAGGGCGACGCCGACCCGAACGACAUAAAUUUCUGGUUCCUCGGCGUCACGCUGGCACUGUGUAUAGAUCUGCUACUAGUUUGUUCUUGUCGUAUAAGAACGCCGGAAGUUUGUCUUUGCUGCUGUGAAGACAGCGAUUCUGUCAUGCAUAGGGAUCACGACGUAAGCUGCAUAGUCAAAGACAAACGUGUUAUGGAUAUGCCUGUAUUACCUGAACAGGUACAAGCACAAGGGGAUCUUGAAGUUGAGCAACAUUUAUUUUUCAUCAGGUCUGCCAGUCCCAUGGUCGCGCGUCUGGAACAAGGAUCACACGACAAACCAGGUCCUCAUUAUGGAAUCGUCCGCUAGAACAAUCUCAGCUACUGGUGGAGCAAGUUGCGUAUUAUACUGUUUAUGUAUGACAUAUCUAUCAUACUCCGAAUCGAAUGCGUGCCAAAUCUGUUAUGCAAAGAUGCAUUGUGCGCAGAACAGAUUGGCCCCCUAUGCAAGACCAAUUUGGGCAUGGGCUUCUUGUACUUACUUUGCUCCACUUAGUAUUGAGAUUGUGUCAUGAUCUGACCAACGGUGGAUACUGAUGGGUUCCGGUUUCGGCCUGAUCAUCGGCAUUCUGGCUUUUCUGUUGCGCACGAACAGCUACCAAGGGCAUUGGUUUCCCUGGGAAGCCAACGCCUGGGCUACAAAACCGACAGCGAAGUAGUGGCGUUGGAAUGUCGUGCAGGGGAUGUCGAAGCAUCAUGCAAGACCACGUAGAUGAUCGAGGAAUUUCGUUUAAGUCGGGAGCGAAAUGAACCUGUCGUUCUUGUCAUGUGCACUUCCUCGUCUCCGCAAAUGCAUGCUGCAUCACAAAAAGCGACUGAUUGAAUUUGAAUUUUUAACCAUUUGCGCCACCCUGAGAUGUUGACGGGAUUUUUUCAACGCAUAAGCUCUCGCAAGUAGUUCUAGUUCUCAUUCUCCUGCUCGUGGAUAUAAGAUAAACGACGGGAAAUAAAACUUCUAUACUUUGGCAAACCGUCAAA